AUUUUUCUAUUUCUCUUUUUGUUUUUCUAACACUCAAUCAACACAACGUCAUGCCAGCCGAAACUGCAUUCCACGUUCCUUCAGAUUUCACACAAGAACCUGUACAAUUCGUUGCUCUCGAGGACACCGGAGCCAUUCUCACACAUAGUCGAAAAGGGCUCGUUGCAAUUGGUGAAAAGAAAACCGAGAUUUCAGUGGUUGACUUCGUCGGCUCCGCAGAUGUUGGAGUUCUGGAGAACACCUUCACUAUGCAGUGGCAAAAUAUUGGAAACACUACUCAAGUACACUUCACGGGAACCGGUGGAUCAUUGUCCGGAGAGGGUAAUCCUGGUGUUCUUCUUAUCGACGGCGAGGUUAUCAAAGUUAAUCUUCUUCAAAAGAGAACAGAUGGAUCUUUCUAUUUGGAGGCCAACGAGGACUUCCUGAUGAUUGUUGCCAAAUCGAAAGCUGACGGAUCUCCUGAUGCUGAGACUCUUCAAGCUUCACAAUUCCCAGCAAGCGGAGCCAAGCUUCCAAUCGGCUACUGGCACUCGGUCCCAUUCCCAAUUCCAGGGGCUGGAAAACUCAACCUGGUUGAAUUGGUAGCUAAAACCGACAAAAAUGCAGUGAUCAACGUCCCAGAGCACACCGGAACACCACUCCGAAUCCCAAUCAAAACGGUGCUGGACGAGGAUUCCGACUAACUCUACUAUCCUUUUUUAUUCCUCCCUUUCAUCAAAGUAUUGACGUGUUCUGAAAAUUAUAUGGUACUUAAUUUCGAGGAUUUCGAGUUUGAAUUUCACCGUCUAACUUCCGUGUAGUAGUUGCAUGUUUCCUAGUUACAAUGCCCAGUAGUGUUUUAUCGUAUGUUGAGUUUUGGAAAUCAAACUUCACAGUAUUCCAACCUGGUAUAUGUUUCUUCUUCAUAAUCUUAUAUGAGCUCAUUCCUUCUCCCACCCACUCUUCCAUAAGCGUUGCCAAUUCAUACAUAAUUCUGUGAGUUUUGAAAGGUGUUGCAAAUAAAUGUUGACUGAG